AUGAGCGACCCAGCAACGAGCCCUCCGCCUGUCGAAAGCGAGGCGCGGGCGUCUGUUGCAAGUUCAACUAAUGAGACGAUCGCAGUGGUCCAAGCUCAGGAGGACGAACCAGAUUUUACGCCUAUCACGAAGGACUUCGGCUUUCUCCCAAUCCCGAAGCAUCUGCGCCAUGACCCCAAGCAUCCUGCAUACUUCGGACUACUACUGAAUGCAACGUUCGGUUUCGCAGGGACGUUCGUACAGUUCUCUCACACGUUCAAUGUUUCGUACGAUACUGUCUCCAGGAUUCCUACAUUAGUGCAAGUGGGCUAUGCCGUCGGUCUCUUGCUCAUCUCGACCUUGGGCGACCUUGUUCGUCGUCGGCCUCUUAUCAUCAUGCUAGUCUUCAUCUGCGCUUCUUUAUCCAUAGGACUCUCUUUCACCACCAAUUUCGCCGUCUUCCAAGCACUCUGCUUUCUGACCGGCGUUUUCACUGUUGUCCCACAAAUCCUUCUGCCACUCGCCGCAGACCUUGCGCCACCAGAGCGACGUGCGACCGCACUCUCUAUCGUACUCUCUGGUCUCCUCUUGGGCAUUCUCCUCGCGCGAGUUCUCGCGGGCGUGAUUGCACAAUUUGUCUCGUGGCGCGUCGUAUACUACCUCGCAUUCUCCGUGCAAUAUGUGGUGUGCGUAUGGUUAUAUCUCGUGCUUCCAGACUAUCCUGCGAAGAACAAGGGCGCAACGUACUUUGGUCUCCUAUGGGGCAUGGCCAAAUUUGCCGUAACGGAACCUCAGCUUGUUCAGGCAGUCCUGAUCAGUAUUCCCUCUGCUGCAUGCUAUACCAACUUUUGGGUCACGUUGACAUUCUUGCUGGGCGGGCCACCCUAUAACUACUCGACGCUGGUGAUCGGUCUGUUUGGCCUUGUGGGCAUGGUCGGUGUCGGGCUUGCCCCUCCGCUCGGCCGCCUGAUCGACUCCCUCGUUCCAUGGUUCGCGUCCGUGAUUGCAUGUAUCGCCUACAUAAUCACGCAUGUGAUCAUGGUCGGUGCGGACGGUGUGAAUGUGGCUGCGGUCGUAAUCGUAUGCAUCGGCAUCGAUGUCUUCCGGCAGAUGGUGCAGGUAUCGCUUACCACUGCAGUAUUUAGCCUCGACCCGGCCGCGCGUUCGCGCAUGAACGCCAUCAUCCUCAUCUCGCUGUUCAUUGGACAAAUUAUGGGCACCGCAGUGGGCUCUGAGGUGUACACGCAGCAUGGUUGGCGCCCAGCUGCUGCCCUGAACCUCGCAUGGAGCGGCUUGAUGCUUUUUGUGGUGCUUGCACGCGGGCCACAUGUAUCCAGGUACACGUGGGUCGGCUGGGAGGGUGGUUUAGAGGUGCGGAAGAGUAAAGUCACUGCGCAGAAAAGGCGUGAUGAGGAGGCCGGCGCAUCGGACAUCCAGCAAGGGGGCGAUGAGAAACAUGCACUUGAGGAGAAGCAGAGUGUGCGUGAAGAGAAAGACGCUACUACGGUUGGUAUGCAAGAGGUGAAGAGUUCUGAAACACGUGAGGGGGAGAAACAGGAUGAAGAUCAGCCUCCGAUUGUCGAGGUAGCCACACACUCUGCGGAGUGA